CUAGUCCUUGGGGAGGCUUGGGGGGCACUGCUGUCCCCUCCUCCAUGGAGACAGAGUGGGUGGCAGCAGCGGCAACAACGGCGGCACAAGGAAGAGCCACGCCAAGGAUCAAGCAGCAGCACCCCCACCCUUUGGACCAUUAAAAGAUGGCUGCCCAGCCCUGGGUCCUGCUGCUUGCCUGCCUGUACACUGCGCAUCAGGGGGAUCGUGUAGUGGGUGCCACCAAUUUUGAAGAAAUUGGUCAGAGGAACAUUCUGCAGGCCUACAAUGAUGAACCUGUGACAGUCAGUCCACAGCUGGCGCAUGCUCUGCUCGUAGCGACCACUGCUGGGCCAGGCUCAGACCCUGAGACCCUGGAGGGCCCUCUGGGCUCCACCGUCCUGCCUGCUACAGGGCCCCCCAGAGAAGUGCUGCAGCCAGAGGACGAGGGUUCAGAUGGGGCUGAGGGGGAGCCAGCCAAGCAGCUGCUGGAGGAGCAGGAAAGCUCUUUGGGGGCCGAGGAGGAAGACCACGGGCAAGGCUGCAGCAUGGAUGUCCCUCCCAGGAACAUGUCUGAAAUAGCCCACGCCAUGAUGAUGUUCGCCACUAACCUCAUGCGAGAGGUGGAGCUGGAGCAUAGCCAAGACAACGUUUUCUACUCUCCCCUCAGCAUUCUCCUGACACUGGCUCAUGUGUCUUUAGGAGCCGCCAACGAGACGGAGAGGCAGAUCCUGGAGGUCCUGCAAAUGCAGUCAGUGCCCUGCAUCCAGCAGGCUUUGCAUGCCAUUUCCCAGAAGCUCAGCAAGACGGCGCUGACGAUCGCUGCCCGCAUCUUCCUGGAAAAAAGUUUCGCAGUUAAAAAGAAAUUCCUGGAGGACUCAGAGAAGUUCUAUGGGGCUAAGCCGGCCACCCUGUCAGGAAACAGCAAAGCGGACCUGGCCACCAUCAACAACUGGGUCAAAGAAGCCACGGGGGGCCAAAUCUCCACCAUGCUGUCCGACCUGCCGGAAAACGUCAUGAUGAUCCUGCUGAAUGCGGUACAUUUUCGAGGAUUUUGGGAGACCAAGUUUGACCCCCUCCUCACUGCGCCUAGAACGUUCCACCUGAAUGAAGAGUUUACAGUCUCUGUGGAGACCAUGAAGGCACAGAUGCACCUUAGCUGGUUUCUCAUGGAUUCCCUGGACACCGCGGUGGCCCGGUUCCCUUUCAAGGGCAACACAAGUUUCGUGGUCCUGGCUCCAAACUACUUUGAGAGAAACUUUUCCCGACUGCUGCUGGAAUUCUACAAGGCCAACAGCCAAUUCCACUUCCCCAAGGAGAGACCCACCACUGUGAUGAUGCCAAAGCUGAACUUGCAAUAUCACCUGAACCUCAACCAAGCUCUCAGCCGAUUAGGCCUGGGCGAGCUGUUUUCUUCCCCGAAUCUUCGGCCCAUUGCAGAGGGCCCCCUCUUCGUUUCCAGCAUCCAGCACCGGGCUGCCGUGGAGCUUGGGGAGGACGGGGUCGAAGCAUCAGCCGCGACCAGUGUGGUCAUGUCUCGUUCACGCUCGGAUUUUGACCUUAACCGGCCUUACGUCUUCGUGAUCUAUGACGACAUCACAGAGAUGCCCCUCUUCUUUGGCAUCAUCCAGAACCCCAGCCCCAGCGCUCCCCAGCAGAGAAAGACAAAGGACUGUGUGCAAAAGGAUGGGGAGCUGCCACAGCCCUGCCUGAAGGACUCCGGAAAGCACUGACCAGACGUGCAUGGAACCCAAGGCCAUCACAUCACAAUCGAUUCUCCAGGGACCGUCCCCCAAGUGCCCUCCCCCCCACACACUCUUUACCUCCUGCGUAGCCAGCCAGGCUUGGAAUAGGUGGCAAUUCUGCAACCAGUUCUAAAAGCUUCAGAGUAAAGUCCUCUGAAUUUA